AUGGAGUUUGAAUUGCGUGGCAAACGACUCUUGAAGUUGUCGUCGUCAGAGAUGACUGACACAAGACCAUCAAAACGUGUUCAGAAUUCUUCUGAGAAAGGUUCCGCCGAUUUGAGUGCAAUGCCUACUGACGUGAUUUACAAUGUCGCUUCGUUUCUCGAUGCCAAAUCGCUAUUAAAUAUGAGAACUCUCAAUCGUUCGUUCCGCGUGAUUGCAAGUCACAACAGCGCUGGAUGGGAUUCAUUAUGCGAAACAUUUUGGAAGACAAAAAUUCAUAUUCGACCGGAGGCUCGAGACUGCACGGACCGAAUGGCGGCAUAUCGUUUGGCAGUCGAAGAUGCUCGGACACGAGAUCAUCUACUACCAGAAGAGCUAAUCUAUGAUGUUGAAACAAAAACUGGGACCAUUUGGAGUUUUCGGUUUAAGCAAUCCGCAGGAGAGGACUGGACAGAGUCAGAUCCCUGGUUCAAUGGCCUUCCCUGUCGCAAGAUGGUGUUUCUUGCCAAUGGCAGAGUGAAGAUGCUUGUUCAAGAUGACGAUGGGGAACCAUCAAUUGAACACCCACGCUUUAGUCAACUGGAGCCUACGCUAGCCGACCCGCCACUGGACAUGGCCUGGCGCUUUCUUUCACGCCCCCUAGACAUGCCAACAAGACCAGAGGGUUCUUACAUUCGCUUUUCUGUUGGCGGGAGAGAUGUACCAACUUACUGUGUUCACCGAAGUCCGACUAAGAAUUGGGGUUUUGUCAUGGAAUCGUGCUGGGGUGUCUAUGCCAGUUUCGAAUUACCCAAGAAACCCAUCUCUCCAACAAGUAGAAUACUCCGAAGGGCACAGGAUGGUGCAGGGAACUGGUUCAAUGUGGAAGUGGAAGUCGAGGAUGGUGAAUUAUCAGAAUGUGAACACGAUGACGAUGAUGGUGAUAAUGAAGAAGAAGGUCAGAAUCGAAACCGAUUGUUGAUUGACGACGACUCGUUUGCGGUAACAAGUGGUCUUCAAUGGAAGGAAGCUUUCCUGUAUAAUUUUGGAGCAAGAACCUUGCCUGAGGGCGAUGACGCUGUUGCUCAAUUUGAGCGAACCUACGGAGCAGUCCUCAACAGGAUGAACGUUACUGCUGAUAUCGAGGCGUAG